UGAUACCUGAGUAACUGCUUGAAGUGUAGACUGAAUAGAAUGAACCAUAGCGAUUUACAAGAGCCAAAAGCACAAGUACGUCAAAUUCGAACUAACGAAGAUGAAGCAAUGAAUAACAACUCAUUGUCGGCAUUUUCUGUGUAAUCGCGGUGCGACAUCUGAAGGAGAACAGGAAGGAGAUGGUCAUGGGGGAGGAGUAAAAGGCAACAGCCUUCAGCUUUAUGUUAUUCCUUUACUCUAAUGUCAUGGACCUCCAGGACCGAAAGGUCCUCGUGGUUUUACAGGUUUAGAUGGAUACUCGGGUAUAAUGGGGAACAGAGGAGAUCCAGGCUUUCCGGGCGCUCCAGGUCCACAAGGUCCUCCAGGUGUGAAAGGGGCAAAAGGGGUCAGAGGACCCCCUGGGAGUGAAACAGGACCAGGCGUCAAGGGAGAGAGAGGAGACCGUGGAGAUCCAGGACCUCCGGGACCUGAAGGAGAGUUCGGAAACGUUGGGAGACCCGGCCCGGCAGGACAAAGUCUUUACAGCCACUAAUUUAAAUGGGAGAAGUCCUCGAAAAUAUGCUUCUAAACGCUCAUUCUUUAAAGAUCACACAAAGUCACAAUUGUAUUUUGCAUAUAAAUAUAUUGGCCACAAUCCAACCAAAACUUUCUUUAUUUUGAUGAGUAUUAGUGUGUAAUUUAAUUCGAGAUUAAGCAUUUUUGGUAUAAUUGGUUAAGUCACAGUUUUAUCAUGGAAAUUCUGAAAUGUUAGAAAUCAACAAAAUACUCACAAAGUUAAUGUUCAUAUAGAAAUUGAACAAAAUGUUGUAUUGUAAUUUAUUUUCUUUUACAUUAAAACAGGUAUACGCAAA